GAAGAGUGCGGAGAUUACUCCAACAUCAAAAUUUUAUUUGCUUGCCGCAAAUACGCGCAAAUUGAAUCAAUGCCAAUAGCAAACAAAACAACUAACAAAAUGUAAGAAAUCCAAUCGAACAGUGCUACUAACACUACUUUAUUACCAUUGAAUCUUGAUGCUCGACGAUUUAAACACGUACGUUUACUUUUAAAGGUAUCACUUUGAACAAUCAAACUGCACAAAGCGACGCAAGCUAAUGAUCAAAACCUGAAAAUUAAAACAUCAUCGUUGAAAAUGCGUAUGCGAAAGAAAGACGCGUUGCGUCUCUGCUGAUCCUCAGUAUCGGUGUUGAAAGUUACUUUCGCCAACGUCUUUCUACAAUACAGUAGGAUAAACAGUUAAAUAUAAUGUGAUAUAAUAUGGAAAAAAAAAAGAUACCGUCAAAUACAUUUGAUUCGCACACAUACCCUAUUCUUGCAAGGAGUUUUGCGAGUUCCACACUUGCAGCUGGCAGAACACACAACGUUCUUUGCUUUACGCGAGAAACCUCGGUUACUGUUCUCUUUUCUUUGAAGUUUUACAACUACAAUUGUCAACCUGUAUGAAAUGAAGCAAAUAUUUGGUCUUUUCCGCUGCUGAAAAUGUAAAUAUAUGCACAUUUUUAUAGUCGGAAUGUUGUGAUUCCGAUCCGACAUUUUCUGAAAAUCGGUUUGUUAUGCGCAGCUCGGAUUCGCAGCGGGUGACAUUGCCGCUUUAACAUGAAGUUGGGGUUGUUUAGAUAAAAAAUUACGUAGAGUUUCGUUUUGAAUUUUACAUUAAAAUAAAGCCCAUAGUCAUAGAAACCAAACUAAUAUACCUACUUUAUAUAUUUUAGAAAUCGACAGUUCUGUAUUUAAAAGUGUUCAAAUUUCAUCUAUUUUUUUCAGGUUUGUACAAAAAAACACGAUGCGUUCAGUGUUGGCAUAAUUACAAAUACUUCAGUCAUGUUGAAACAAUGUUUGGAAAAUAUAGGCGAGGGGUUGUUGCAUGCAUGUAUUUCUAGUACAGUAAUAAUAAUGAAAACUUUAUUAAAUGGAUAUUUAGCUUAUAUAUACAAUUGCAAAUCUCACUUAUAUCAGGUAAUUUACAACUGGCUACUUAAAUCACUGAUUAUAUAUGCAAAAAUUAUACUAUUAAGAUAACAAAAUGACAGUACAACGUUUAAACACUUAACAAUUCCGGAUUCAUCCAUUCCUUGUUUCGACAACAAAAUAUAUAAUACGUUGUUCGGAUUGCAAUCGUCGUCAUUCUUCUAAUACAGUAAUUCUGAUGUUGCUUUUGAAAACCAAAAUCAUUAAGCAUUUCUAUGAAAGUAGAACAUUCUUUACUGAAAACACCAAGAGAACUAAUCGAAAGAUUUACAAAUUUUACAGAGUUGAAAUGUUCAUUUUGUUCCCUAAUUAAUUCUUUAUAUUUUGAUUUUUUACGCUCUACGUUUUUUUGAAGAUUUGAUUCGAAGCCAACUGUAAGUUCAACAAUGUAGAGUGUUCCAGUUGAGGUUGAAAGAAGCAAAUCUGGACGGUAGGUGUCACCAGUGAUGAUUGAUGGACUUUUGUACCCUGGGAGAUCCACGUAAAGAUGUGAGCCGCUUACGGUCUGCAGGCUUGUUGCGAGAAAGUUUAGAACGGAGUCAUGUCUCCACGUGAAUCGUUCUAGAUACGAUUGGCAACCAGCUACUACGUGCAGAAGUGUUUCAGGAGCUAGACAUUGCGAACAGUUUGAAGUCGGUGAUAAACCCCAUCUUGCAAGGUUUUGGCGCGUUGGAAGGGAGUUAUUGAUGUAUCGAACUGUAAAGUUGAAUAUAUUUUUCGGAAGGUUCGAUUGGCACGCAGACCAAAUUUUAGUGAGUUGGGACAGUGAGAACUUUGUUAUAUUAGUGAAGGAAGAGCCCUGACAGGUUAAUUGAGUAUGCAGUUUAUCCUCUUGGCCAGAGCGAAAGUCCUUGAGAACUUGCUUAGUGGAGUUAUAAACGUCAUACUGAAUAUUUUUGCUGUUGCUAGUUGCUUUCCAAAGAUCGUUAAUUGCUUCGUUUGGGGAUGUUUUUAGGGCUUUACGGAGAACAGUUUGACAUUGAAUAAAUUUGACAGAUGGGGGACAAAUACUGAGGCCAAACUUGUUGCGGGUUAGGAAAACACUGCUUAGCGUUCCAGAUAUAGGUAUAUCAAGCCAUUUACGGAUAUAACUGUUGACUUUGGAAUCAAUGUUUUCGGUGACCCACGUUUUCGAUACGCUAGAAACUGUAAAAUGCCAGGAUAAUUUUGACAGAAGAUAUCGACUGUAGAGGAGGAUUUUAUUUUUUGGAUGUAAUGGUUUGGAAUCAAUAUCUGCCAUUAGUUCUUCAACGAGUGAGAUUAGUUCAGACUUGUGGUGUUCGUCUGACAUAUUAAAACUAAAGUAUCUUCCUAAGUAUUGAAAAGCCUCACCGAUAUUGAUCUUUGGAAUUAGUUGCUUGUUAAUAAGUAGUUUAGGCAAGUAUUGGAUUGAUUUUGUUAGAGAUUUUUUGAUGCCAAAGGUACUACAUUUAUCAACCCGAAUAAUCAUGUUGGACCAUUGGCACCAAAUGGAGAACCGGUUUAGAAGAUGUUGAUUUUCGGAUUCUUGACUACUUAUGACGGCGGCAUCAUCAGCAAACUGAAACCAGUGGAUGGGAUUUAUAAACUGUAAGGAGAAGCCGAAUUGACGAUAUUUAUCUGUUUUUAUGUGUUGUAUAAAGGUGUUGAAACACAUGUUGAAGAGAAGAGGACUCAUGCAAUCACCUUGCAAUACUCCACGGCGAACUGGUAUGAAGGGGGUACGGAAUUCAGAUGUAAUUAUUGAAGUUUUGAAAUCGGUAUAUAGACUUUUAAUUAUCAAUUUAAUAAUAAUAAUAAUAAUAAUAAUAAUAAUAAUAAUAAUAAUAAUAAUAAUAAUAAUAAUAAUAAUAAUAAUAAUAAUAAUAAUAAUAAUAAUAAUAAUUAUUAUUAUUAUCAUUAUUAUUAUUAUUACAACAUGGCCGCCAGAAAGCAAAGUUUGGGGUUGGCAUAAACUGAAUUUAUUUUAAACCUUUUGUGAUAGAUUUAUCAACUUUUACUUGCUCUUUGGAAACCUGAAUGCUUUUUCAAUUUUGAUGCUCAAUUAAGAAAGGAAAAUUUUGUGUAUUGGAGAAGAUGGUGUUUUAGUCAGCUAUUGGGUCGAUUUCAAGAAAUAUUUAUUAUACACGAUGUCGCGACAGCAGCGAUCGAAAUUAAAAUGGACAGAGCAAAAGAAUACAGAUCUGCUAUAAUGUAAGAAGAAAGCGAUGGAAUUCCUUAAAUCGGAAAACCCGCCAUGCCAUGUGAACGGCAGAAAGAAGGGUUAUAUACAAGUUAUGAAAGACCUGUGGGACAAGAAAGGAUACGAACAUCUUGGAUUGAAGAGCCAAAACCUGCGAAAUCAAGCCGCUAGGCUUGAGAAAAUUAACGCUACAGCUGAGACUCGUGCUAUCGGUAAGGUAAGCGGCGGAGCGGUUAUCAAUGACGAAAGAGAGCAGACAUUAGAUGAAAACCAGAGAAGGCACAACACGAUUUCACAACAUGAAUUUAACAAUUUUGAAAAUCAAAACACCAUUAGUCAAAAUGCAAAUUUGGAGGUAAACCGCAAUCUGGAUUUGCAUACAGACAAUGAUAUUGUCCAAAACAGUCACGAACCGCAAGAAACCGAAGCUGUAGAGGGUUUUGAAGUGACUAAUGACUGUCCUGGUGAACCACACGCCGGCAUACAUGAAGCAGGACGUCUACCCGACUAUGUUGCUGUUGAUAUACCAUCGAUUACCAUCUGGGGACGCAGAGCGGACGGCUCAAUAAUUACGGUCAACUCGUCAACCAUAAUUAAUGCAUACGAUGAAAUUACGUGAUGGCGUAAAAAUACUUUCCUCGUCCCCUAUGGCAAAGUUGGGCGAGACUUUAUCGACCAGCUAACACAACAUAUAAACGAUUGGAACAACGCAUCGCAAACACAACACAUAGCGCUGAAAGCUGCAAUUGUUCUCUUGGCAACGGCACUGCAAAUGUCAAGCGUAAAAUCGAAGGCAAAAGAUCACAAAGAGUGCUUGGAAAAACGACUAGGGCUAUGGAAAGAAGGAGAAGUCGAGAGCUUACUUCGUGAAGGCCGGUCCAUUCAAAAGCGUCUAGCAAGGGCUAAAAGGACGGAGCCUCCAAAUAAAGCGAAGAUAUUCGCCAAGUUGGUCAUGGAAGGUUAGAUCAAUUCUGCUUUGAGAUAUCUCAGUGAGGCUGAUUGUGAUGGAGUGCUGCCUUUGACAGACGACGUGAUGAGACAGCUUCAGGAGAAACACCCUGAGGCACAAGAGGCCAAACUUGGCUCGUUACUCUUCGGGCCAUUUGAGGAAGUCCACGAUUCGUUAUAUCAGCAGAUUGAUGGCGAAAUGAUAUGCUUGACAGCAUUGCGAACCAAGGGCUCCGGCGGCCCUUCAGGCCGGAGUGGAUGCAAAUGGACUCAAGCGUAUUUUCGCAUGUAAAUCGUUUAAGAAAUCAGGCGUAAACUUGUGUGAGGCAGUAGAAACAAUGACCCGGCGGCUAUGUACGGAAUACAUUGACCCGAGAACUAUCGAGCCUAUAUUAGCCAACAGGCUUAUACCUCUUGACAAAGGCGAGGGCGCGGUUCGUCCAAUUGGCGUCGGAGAAGUUAUCAGGGGGAUUGUCGGGAAAUGUGUUAUGAAAGUGAUUAAGCCCGACGUGAUUGAUGCCAGUGGAUCGCUACAGGUGCGCGCAGGUGUUAAGAGCGGAAGUGAGGCAGCCAGUCAUGCGAUGCACUCCAUAUUUGAAGCAGAUGAGACAGAUGUCGUACUUCUGAUUGAUGCCUCAAACGCAUUCAACGCACUCAAUCGAGCGGCUGCACUCCACAACAUAACAGUUCUGUGUCCAUCUAUGUCAACCUACGCAAUUAACACCUAUCGCGAACCAGCUAGACUAUUUAUAUCUGGUGGAGGAGAGUUCAAGUCCACCGACGGUACCACACAAGGGGAUCCCCUGGCCAUGGGGAUGUAUGCCAUCAGUCUUCAACCCCUGAUCACCGGAUUGAAUGUGUCAAGCAAUGUUAAGCAAUGUUGGUUUGCAGACGACGCGAGUGGCGCGGGAUUUCUGGAAGAUAUCAAGCGAUGGUGCGAACACCUGAAUGAAGCUGGCCCUAAUUUGGGAUACUUUCCAAAUGCUAAGAAAUGCUGGCUGAUCAUAAAGCCUGGAAAAGAAGAAAGUGCUCAUGCUAUUUUUGAUGGGACAGCGAUCAAUAUCUCUGCGCAGGGGCAAAAGCAUUUGGCGCAGCCUUGGGUUCUAUGGCUUUCCUGGAAGAAUACGUCAACGGCAAGGUAGAGGACUGGGUUAGCCAAAUCGUCAAGCUAGCUGAAUUCGCAGCCUCACACCCUCAAGCCUGCUAUGCCGCCUUCACCUUUGGCCUCCGCCAGCCCUUGGAGCGUGCUAUUGCUGAUGUCCUGAUACCAUCAAUUACGGAUCAUCACUGUACAAAGAGUGAAAGGGAUCUCCUGGCACUCCCAGUACGAAUGGGCGGUCUUGGCCUUAUAAAUCCUAGACAGGAUGCAGCACUGCAGUACGAAACGUCGAUAAAGACCACAACGCCACCGGUAGAGAAAAUUAUUGCACACUCCUACGAAAUUCCAGAUGACUCUGUUAUUCACACACUGCAGCAGAAUGCGCGAAAUGAAAAGAACGAAGUACUUCAGGCUAAACGGGAUGGUAUUAAGAACUCUCUACCCCCGAAAACACGGCGUGCCAUGGAACUAGCAACCGAAAAAGGUGCAUCCAACUGGCUAACAGUUAUCCCCAUUAAGGAAAUGGACUACAAUCUGAACAAGGGUGAGUUUCGAGACGCAGUAAAUCUGAGAUAUGAGUGGAAAAUUGCUGAUAAGCCAUCAGUAUGCGUGUGUGGCGAUACUUUCAAUAUUGAUAACGCAAUGAUCUGCAAGCGAGGUGGGUUCAUUAUACAGCGCCACAACGAGCUGCGGGAUCUUGAGGCUGAUAUGCUUAACAUCGUCUGUAAUGAUGUCGAGGUUGAACCCGUUCUUCAAGAGUUAACUGGCGAGGUUUUACCAAGAGGAGCAAAUACAGCAUCCGACGCUCGUCUAGAUAUCCACGCUCGAGGGUUUUGGGAGAAACAAAGGUCCGCGUUCUUUGACGUUAGGGUUUGUCACCCCAACGCGGAAUCCUACAAAGACCUGAGCCCUCAACAGAUAUACAGGCAACAUGAAAACGAGAAGAAGAGGAUGUAUGCCCAAAGAGUGAUGGAGAUAGAACACGGAACUUUUACACCAUUAGUAUUUACAACGACUGGAGGCAUGAGUGAAGAGUGCAAGAGGUAUCAUAGCAGAUUGGCCGAGCUCAUAGCAGCGAAGAAAGGCGAAGACUACUCUACGACCAUGUCCUGGAUACGAGCCAAGGUCUCCUUUGCCAUCUUGCGGUCAGCUCUACUUUGUCUCAGAGGGACUAGAGCACCCAGGAGGAUGACAACGAACGUUCAAGAAACGGACUUCGAAGUAGACAAUUCUCGUGCCAAAAUUUAGGCUUAGACUUUUACCAUAAAUUAACUGCUUACUAUAACAUAUACUAUAACAUACUACAACAAUUUAGAUUUUAUAAAUUAUUAUUAUUAUUAUUAUUAUUAUUAUUAUUAUUAUUAUUAUUAUUAUUAUUAUUAUUAUUAUCUUAGUUUUAUACCUGUAAUAUAGUUUUAUCAAUAAAUUUGCUAGAUAAAUUAAAAAAAAAGGAAUAAUAAUAAUAAUAGUAAUAGUAAUAAUGGAAACUUUAUUUAUUUCAUAAUAUACCAUAAAACUUUAUUUACAUUGAUAAACCUCGCUCAUAAAGGUAGUUUAUCGAUGACUACUUGAAAAAUAUUUGAUUAUAUAAAUUUACAAAAAAAAUAAGGAAUUUAAUAUCGUUCAAAAUUUUAAAAGCUCUGGGUUAGUUCAGACUUUGUUUCGUUGACAGAAUACAUAAUAUGAUGCUCGAAUACAAAUAGCAAUGAUUUUCUUUUUAAUGUAUUUAAUUUGUUGUUCAUCGAACUUCAGUUCCUCAAGCAUAUCAAUUAAGGUGUUCGUCGAUUGACCAAAAACACCCAGCGAGCUUACGGAUACAUUAACAAUAAUAAUAAUAAUAAUAAUUAUAAUGGAAACAGGAUUUAUUGCUAACAACUAAGUAUAUAAAAGAUCGAGAUUACUAACUAAAACUACUCUAUAUAGAACUGAUAUAAUGUACUAUAGUGUUUAUCUCCUGCGUAAACGCAGGGCAGUCCACUGAGAAAACAGGCAGUUAAAUGUUCAUACUUGUCUUCAUUAGUAAAAUUUAAGUAUAUUAGGGUUCGUCCAUUCUUUGUUCCGCCGUAUAUAAAUGUAGAAGGAAGCCCUCAUGGCCAUUUCCAUACACUUGGAGAUCUUCCUUUGAAAGUUAAUAUUAGUUCCCUUAAAUAACACUUUUAUAUCUUCAAAGUGAGAUGUUACAAUUCCAAGGGAAGUUAUUUCGAUCGAGAAAAAUUGAAAGCCUCUCCAUCUGUCUUUACUAAUACUAAUACUAAUAAUAAUAAUAAUAAUAAUAAUAAUAAUAAUAAUAAUAAUAAUGUAAACACAUUUUAUUUCAUUUCAUACAAAUAUUAGUAACCAGCUCUCACUAAAGUAUUAUAGGCAACCUGGCUACAUUAUGGUACAAAAGAUUAAGAAAAGAAUACAAUGUUAAACUAAGCUUAAAAUAUUUACAAAUCAUCAAAAUGGAAUUUCUACAGAAAUGCUAUUACAAUGGUUAUUUUAAAAUACGUUCGUAAGGUAACAACGUAGACAGUGUCAAAUAAGAUAACUGUACAUACACAUGACAGCAUGAAUCCUACCAAUAUAAAAGUUCAGGGCAAGACCAUUGUCUGUUUCUAGAGCAAAAUAUAUAAUAACUUGUCCUUAUGCAGCAGCCGGUUAGUUUUCUAAUGAUGAAUUUUCUUUGCAUAUCGCUUAAUCUUACUUCGCGGUCCAAAAAGUCAUAGAACUGUUUACAUUCAUGACUUAAAACUCCAAUCGCGCCCAUGCAUAAGUUAAAAUACGUUACUUUGUUAAAUCGUUCUCUUAAAAAGUUACAAAGAUCCUUGUAUCGUUCCCUUUUCCUUAAACAGUUUUUUGCCAUAUUAGUUUCAAAGCCGAUUGUCAAUUCAAUAACAUAUAUAUUUUGGUUGUUGUCUGAUAUUACCAAGUCUGGUCGGUCAUUACAGCCUGUGAUCACAGAUGGAUUAUCAAAACCAGAAAUGUCUGCAUAAACGUGAAAGUCCCUUCUGACACUAGAUAUGUACGUUGCUAGGUGUUUCAGCACUGAAUUAUGUCUCCAUGUGUAUCGACCUUCGUCCAGGGAUGUUUUGCAAGAAGACACUAUAUGUUGUAGUGUUUGCACAUUCAAGCAGAAAUGACACAGAUUAUUUUGAGCUUUCUUCCACAAAACCAUGUUUGUUAAUGUAGGUAGGGUGUUAUUUAAAUAUCUAGUUACGAAGUUGUAUAUGUUUUUAGGGAGUUUGUCAACUGCCGAGUGCCAAUCUUUCGCUGUACCCUGGAAAGCAUCUCUCCAAAUCGACUUAAUUAUAAGACUCUGCGACGUUAGCUUGCUUUCAAUAUUAAAGAUCUUAUCUUUCCUAAUUUCUUUGGCAACCUGUUUUGCGGUGGAGAAACCAUCGUACUGCACAUUACAGUUUGAGCUAGAUGCGUAGAAAAGGUUUUGAGUGUCUAGGCAACUCGAGUCUUUUAAUUUAUUUCGCAAAAUUACUUGACAUUCAGUGAAUUUUGUUGAUACAUCAAUGAUGUCGAAACCGAAUUUGGAUUUCCCAAGAAGCAAUAUGUCAAGGGUGCCGUUUGGUGGUAUCUCAAGCCAUGUCCGAAAUUUAUUGUGGCACAUUGUGUCUAAAGUUUGCUUUAUCCAUGUUCUAUCAAUGUCUGCAAUAGUGAGAUGCCAAGAUAUUUUCGGGAGCAGAUAUUUCAUAUAUAACUCAAGCUUAAAUUUUGAGUGUAGAGGGAGACGAUCGAUUUUUUCUAAGAUGCUGCUAGUCUCAGACAGCAAGAACUGUUUAUGUUCUACGUUAUCCAUCGGGAAGUUGUAAAAUCUACCGAGAUAACAAAAGCUUUCGUUCCCCUUUACCGCUGUAAUUAAGCCGUGGUUAACGUAAAUUUUCGGAAAAUACUGCUUGGAUAAUGAGUUCCUUUUGAUAAUUCCGAAUGACUUGCAUUUGUCGACUCUUAGCGUCAUUUUUGCCCAAUUACACCACAUGGUGAAUGCAUUCAGUAAUAUUUGUGUCUCGUACUCCUCACCUGUUGUUAUCACCGCGUCAUCGGCAAAUUGAAACCAAUGUUUGGGGGUUAGAAACGGCUGCCCAGCAUUAAAUCCGAGUUGACAAAACUGAUCCGUUUUAAUGUAUUGAAUAAACGUAUUCAUUACCAUGUUGAACAACAACGGGCUCAAACAAUCUCCUUGUAGCACUCCUUUACUCACUUUAAGGAACGGUGUUAGAUAUUUUUCCGUAACCACUACCGUACGGAAGUCAGUAUAGAGGUUUGCAAUACAAUUUUGAAAAUGCUCGGGGAUUUGAUGAUAUUUUAGUACUGUUUGAAUCAGCUUAUGGUGGACUUCGCCAAAUGCAUUUCUUAAGUCAAGCAGUGCUAUUGUUAGAGAUCUUUGUUGUUUUUUCGCUCGUCUAAUUAAGUAUGCUAAAUGGGCCGUAUGUUCAAACGUGCCGGACAUUCCCGGAGUAAAUCCUUUUUGAAUCCUAUUUUCAAUAUAAUUGUUUUUUGAUAGAAACUCAUACAUGGCAUUCCGUAUUGUUGAUGUAAAAAUUUUGAGAGGCACUGAUUGCAGGGUAAUUGGUCUAAAGUUUUGAGGAUC